AAAAAAAUGACAAUAAAAAAGUUACAACAAUUAUAAUGAUUAUAAAAAUUAUUAUAUUUAUUGUAGUAAUAGUAAUAAUAAUAAUAAUAAUAAUAAUAAUAAUAAUGACUAAUAAUAAAAAUAUUAUUAUUAUUAUAGAUGGUAGAAAAUAAAUAAAAUAUUGAUAAUAAUGAUAAGAAAAGGAGAAUACAAAUAAUAAUAAUAUGAUGAUGGAAAUGUUAAUCAACAUAAAAUAACUAUGAGAAUAUAGUAACUAAUAUGAAGAAUAUUAAUAUAGAUACGUGAAAAUUAUAAUGAUAACAGUAACAAUGCAAACAACAACAACAAUAUUACCAAGAACAUGAAGAUUUAGACACAGUAAUGAUAGUCAUAUAUAAUACAUAAGAAGAAACAGAAUAAAAUAAUAAAACUUAUAAAAAUAAAGUAAUAAUAAUUAAAAGGAUAAAAGACAAUGCUUAGAUGAUGAUAAUAACAAUGAUAAUAAUGAGGCUGUACCAUUCUUGCCCCUAUUACCAGGCCAGCAUCCAGGCCGCCGCCUUGCCUGGCACUGACGGCUGUCUGGCCUCCCCGAGGGUCCCUGCAGGACUGGAAGCGGCGUGUGCUGGCGGGAGUGGUGCUGCGGUGGAGGUCGUGAGGCCGGGCAGCAGCAUGAGCGGCCGGCAGCGGCGUCAACAGCAGCAGCAGCAGCAGCAGCAGCAGCCAGCCUCAGGUGUGGGGAGGCACAGGCGUGGUGGCAAGAAUCAUCUGGAGGCAGGCAGCUCUGUCCACAGAGGAGAGAGAGCAAGUUUGAGUGCCAGCAGUGUGACAACACUUUUGUAUCCAGACAAGGCCUUAAGUACCACAUCCUGACACACAGUGGUGUUAGAAAUUAUGAGUGUGGUGAGUGUGGCAGGAAAUUUACCCAAAAGAGUCACCUCACCACACAUACCCUGACACACAGUGGUGUUAGAAAUUGUGAGUGUGAUGAGUGUGGGAAGAAAUUUAUCAGAAAGUCUACCCUCACCAGACACAUCCUGACACACAGUGGUGUCAGAAAUUAUGAGUGUGAUGAGUGUGGGGAGAAAUUUACCAAAAAGUCUAACCUCACCAGACACACCCUGACACACAGUGGUGUUAGAAAUUAUGAGUGUGAUGAGUGUGGGAAGAAAUUUACCCGCAAGUCUCACCUCACCAGACACACCCUGACACACAGUGGUGUUAGAAAUUAUGAGUGUGAUGAGUGUGGGAAGAAAUUUACCCGCAAGUCUCACCUCAACACACACACCCUGACACACAGUGGUGUUAGAAAUUAUGAGUGUGAUGAGUGUGGGAAGAAAUUUAUCAGAAAGUCUAGCCUCACCAGACACACCCUGACACACAGUGGUGUUCGAAAUUAUGAGUAUGAUGAGUGUGGGAAGAAAUUUAUCUGCAAGUCUUACCUCACCACACACACCCUGACACACAGUGGUGUUAGAAAAUUAUGAGUGUGGUGAGUGUGGGAAGAAAUUUACCCGCAAGUCUCACCUCACCAGACACACCCUGACACACAGUGGUGUUAGAAAUUAUGAGUGUGAUGAGUGUGGGAAGAAAUUUAUCAGAAAGUCUACCCUCACCAGACACACCCUGACACAGUGGUGUCAGAAAUUAUGAGUGUGAUGAGUGUGGGGAGAAAUUUACCAAAAAGUCUAACCUCACCAGACACACCCUGACACACAGUGGUGUUAAAAAUUAUGAGUGUGAUGAGUGUGGGAAGAAAUUUACCCACAAGUCUAACCUCACCACAUACACCCUGACACACAGUGGUGUUAGAAAUUAUGAGUGUGAUGAGUGUGGGAAGAAAUUUACCCACAAGUCUUCCCUCAAGACACACCCUGACACACAGUGGUGUUAAAAAUUAUGAGUGUGAUGAGUGUGGGAAGAAAUUUACCCACAAAUCUUCCCUCACCACACACCCUGACACACAGUGGUGUUAGAGAAAUUAUGAGUGUGAUGAGUGUGAUGAGUGUGGGAAGAAAUUUACCCACAAGUCUUACCUCACCACACACACCCUGACACACAGUGGUGUUAAAAAUUAUGAGUGUGAUGAGUGUGGGAAGAAAUUUACCCACAAGUCUUCCCUUAACACACACACCCUGACACACAGUGGUGUUAAAAAUUAUGAGUGUGAUGAGUGUGGGAAGAAAUUUACCACCAUUUCUCAUCUCAAUCAACACGCCUUCAGACACACUGGGGUGAGGGAGUUCGAGUGUGAUGUUUGUGGCAAGUGUUUCAAGACAAAGGGUGAGAUUGCCAAGCACGUGAAGAUCCACUUCUGAGGUGGUGGUGUGUGGACACAUGGGGCCACACCUGUACCUGUGGUGGUGGUGUUGGUGGUGGUUGCCGUGCCUGUGAGGGAGUCAUGGCCCCAGCAGUUUUGUGUGGUGGUGGUGGUGGUGGUGGUGUGGUGGUGGUGUGGGGGAGUCAUGGCCCCAGCAGUUUUGUGUGGUGGUGGUGGUGGUGUGGGGGAGUCAUGGCCCCAGCAUUUGUUUUGUUGGCAGUGCAGGUGUGACUUUCAAUAAAUGUGUGUGUGCAGUAAA